CUGGGACUUCCUUGAUAGUUCAGUGGUCAAGACUCCACACUUCCAAUGCAGGGGGCUCUGGUUCGAUCCCUGGUUGGGGAACGAAGAUCCCAUAUGCCAUGUGGCAAAAAAAAAAAGACUAGGAGUCCUUUCUGAACUUGGGUUGGAGCCCUUCUUGGAGCAGGGAGCAGAGAGGAUGUGGAGUGGAGUGAGCAAGCAGGACCACGGGAGGUGAGAGGGCCAGGAAUGGACUGGGCCCUGGGCACAGAGGGGUUAACCACAAAGCGAGAAUCUCAGAGAGCGAGAUCAAUGGGUUACUCGCUGCAGAAAGGCAGAAGCAACGCAGAGAGGCGGAGGAGAGGAGAGCCAGGCAGAAGAGCAUGCCACCCGGGGAAAAUCAGGGGCUGAGGAGGAGGUGGCUACUUCUUCGGAGGGAGAGGAGAGGCCUUAAAGGAGAAGAGGGCGCAGUGGGAGGCAGAGCUGUACCUGCAGGUGCCCAUCUGUUGGGAAGAUGGCUGAUAUUCAGAACAUUUCGCUAGACAGCCCGGGGAGUAUGGGGGCUGUGGCAGUGCCCGUGGUCUUUGCCCUCAUCUUCCUGCUGGGCACGGUGGGCAACGGGCUGGUGCUGGCAGUGCUGCUGCAGCCUGGCCCGAGUGCCUGGCAGGAGCCGGGCAGCACGACGGAUCUAUUCAUCCUCAACCUGGCGGCGGCUGACCUCUGCUUCAUCCUGUGCUGCGUGCCUUUCCAGGCCGCCAUCUACACGCUGGACGCCUGGCUCUUCGGGGCCCUGGUUUGUAAGGCUGUGCAUCUGCUCAUCUACCUCACCAUGUACGCCAGCAGCUUCACCCUGGCGGCUGUCUCAGUGGACAGGUACCUGGCCGUGCGGCACCCGCUGCGCUCGCGAGCCCUGCGCACGCCGCGCAACGCCCGCGCCGCCGUGGGCCUGGUCUGGCUGCUGGCGGCCCUCUUCUCGGCGCCCUACCUCAGCUACUACGGCACGGUGCGCUACGGCGCGCUUGAGCUCUGCGUGCCCGCCUGGGAGGACGCGCGCCGCCGUGCCCUCGACGUGGCCACCUUCGCCGCCGGCUACCUGCUGCCCGUGGCCGUGGUGAGCCUGGCCUACGGGCGCACGCUGCGCUUCCUGUGGGCAGCCGUGGGCCCCGCGGGCGCGGCGGCGGCCGAGGCCCGGCGCAGAGCCACGGGCCGCGCGGGGCGCGUCAUGCUGGCGGUGGCGGCGCUCUACGCCCUCUGCUGGGGCCCGCACCACGCGCUCAUCCUCUGCUUCUGGUACGGCCGCUUCGCCUUCAGCCCGGCCACCUACGCCUGCCGCCUGGCCUCGCACUGCCUCGCCUACGCCAACUCCUGCCUCAACCCGCUCGUCUACGCGCUCGCCUCCCGCCACUUCCGCGCCCGCCUCCGCCGCCUGUGGCCCUGCGGCAGCCGCCGCCCCCGCGCCCGCUGCCCCCCGGGUGGUGCCCGUCGCGCCCUCCGUCGCGUCCGCCCGGGAUCCCCGGGCCCCGCCGGCUGCUCCGGGAACGCCCGGCCUCGCGGGAGGCUGCCGGUGGGCUGCGACUGGGGCGGGGAGCGGGGUCCAGAGUCCGCAGGUGGUGGAGAGGCGUGCAGGGUCCUACAUGCCAGAGGACCAGAAUAAACCUUGUCUGCCUCCGCUCUGCCGGGUGUCUGUCUGUCUGUCCUUCCUCUUCCAGGGCCGGACCGUACUAGGAGAUGGGGCCAAAGCCAGGAACCCUCUGGGGAGAAGUGGACACUCAGUCCAUGGAGUGACACCCCUGGACGGUGAAAAUGGUUCCACGCAGCCAAGCGCAGGCCCCCAGGCCAGGCAGCCCC